UGUUGGUAGUUUUACGGCCCUAAUGUGUAAAAACCCUAGAAUUGUCUUCACUUCACAGCGGAGCAGAGAGAAUGGAGACAGCGGGGCAGUGGUUGGAGAAGGCGUUACAUGAUCUUUGCCGGAAAACGGAGGGGCUGGAUUUAGACGGAGAUCUCAUCUCAGGUUUAGUCUCCUACUGUGACCUUGCUCCUCCUCUUGACGCCAAGGAGUAUCUCGACAAUAUAGUUGGUGAGGAAGCUGGUCGACACGUAAUCAGUGAAUAUUUGAAGAGAAGAGGUUAUACAGACACAACCAACACUUCUUUAGAUGGUCAAACUAGCCAGUUUCGCGAGUACGUAAAACCACCAGCAAAAGAACCAAUCAUCGUAGCUAAAAAGCCAGUAAAACCUCCAAAAGAGCCUGCACAAUCCACAUCAAAUACGCCAAACGAGAUCGUACCGCCACAAACCGGAAGUCAAAACAAGUCAAAGAAGAAAAAAUCUGGGAAAGUCGUAUCCCUUGAAGAGGCUUCGAAAGGGUCUAUCAUAUUCCAAAAGGGAAAGCCGUGUUCAUGUGAAGCGCGUAGGCACAGACUUGUGAGUAAUUGUUUAUCGUGUGGGAAAAUUGUGUGCGAACAAGAAGGAGAGGGACCAUGUAGUUUUUGUGGGGCCCUUGUGUUGAGGGAAGGGAGCACGUAUGCGGGGCUAGAGGUGGAAGUGGGACCCCUGUCGGAUGCUGAGGCGGCAGCCGAGGCUUAUGCGAAGAGGCUUGUUGAUUAUGACAGAAACUCUGCUGCACGUACAACAGUGAUCGAUGAUCAAAGUGAUUAUUACGAGAUGGAAGGGAAUACUUGGCUGUCAAUGGAGGAAAAGGAACUUUUGAGGAAGAAAAAAGAGGAGAUAGAAGAGGCUGAACGUGCUAACCGCAACAAAGUCGUCAUAUCUUUCGAUCUAGUUGGUCGUAAGGUGCUUCUGAAUGAAGAUGAAGUCUCGGAUCAAUUGCAGAAAAGUAUCUUACUAAAACCUGCUAACGAACGUGAGGUGAACCGGAUCAAGCCCAAUCCGACCCUUCAGAUUCAACCGAUCUUCAUAGACCCGAGCCAGGGAAAGAAAAACGGCGACAUGAAGACAAAUCAUGUGAGAAAAGGGAUGUCUACAGGCUUGUGCUUGGAAAUUAGUGGCAGAGUGCAACAUGAUAGUAGUGAACUAAAGCACCAUGACCAUUUGGACGUUAGCAACUUCUAAAAUGUGAUUAUUUGGCUACAUUUUUCUAUUUUUCUGGGUGUUUGUUUACUUUUUGGUUAAUUUUUAAACCCAUUAUGGCAUGGGUCAGUUUAUACUUUUAUUUUGUUGGACGCUACCCAUUUUAUACUAUCUAUAUCUACAUCUAUUAAUAUUA